AUGGGUUUUCAACUUUCUCAGAUCUCCAGAAAUAAUAGUCAGAGAAAUGAAUCGGUAGCCUCCCACGUGCCAGAUCCCCGUCAGCAUCGAGCUUUGUCUACAGUUUCUGCCGCAACUGCUGCUCUGGAUGCAUGGUUUAUCGAUGGAAAACAGCUCGUCGGAUUUCAACCGCCAACUACUUGUACGUCAGCUACGCUUCCAUCUGAGAUUGACAGUGAGGUCAAUUUUGGAGACGAUGGAUUCGCACACUGGGAUGACCAGAACUCGCCGUCCGACAUAGAUGAAGCAACUAUUCUUCUUCGGCAAUAUGAAACAGGUCGGUUAGUUCCAGGCCAAUUGAGGGUUGGGCAACCGCCUCCACACAGCACAACUCGGUGGUCCCAAAGCCAGGGGACUCAGUAUGUCAGACGAGACCAAGAUUCCCAAUACUCAACUUUAUACGAAACAGCUUCACCAGAACAGGACAGAACUUUGGUUCAAGGAUUCAAUCCGGAAUUAGGCUCUCCUUUUGGCCGGACCUCUCGUUCUUUAUCUGACUCCUCAGAAACAUCUCAGUCCUGCUCCACUCCAGCUGCUGCUUCUUUAUCAUCUUCCUCGUCAACUGUCUUCGAUGACAAAGACAUCGAUUUGAGUGUCUACUUGGCAAAUUCUUCCUCUGAUUAUUCGUUUUCCAAAUCUAUUAGCGGCAUGAGAUGCAAUCAUAUGCAAGCUCAAGCUGCCCGAAGAGAUACCGGAUCGCGGAGACGCCUUUGUACUUUGGGAUUAGAAGUAUUAAAUGGAAGGAGAGAAAGACGAAGAUGGAGUACUUCAGUCAACUCCGAAUUUCGAGCCAGUUUUCCCUCUUCUUCUCUUUCCUCUACUUCUUCGUCAUCCGCUUCUCAUUACUCCUCUUCAACAGCCUCUGACUUUGCUCAUUCCUCUUCGCCCUCUCCCGAAUCAAUAAACAGUUCUGCAGAAUCAGAUCAGGAUUCUGAAUCUAUCGCUGAAAUACAAAAUCAAUAA